UCACGCGAUUAAUCUGGUCUCUCCAUUUUGCUGACCAGUGGUGUAGUAGCAAGAGCAGCGCUGAAGAGUAUAGUUGCGAGAGGGGAGGAAACGCUACAUAUCGCGUUGGAGAAUUUGCAGACUUGUUCACAAGUCUACGGUAGUCAUAAUUGAUUAUUAAAUAACAAUGCACUUCAUAAGGAUUUGGCUGGCAAUUUGAUUAUGAUUGCUAGCAGGACAACUCAUCAUAUGACUCACAUUUGAGAGGGAGAUCGACCAUCGACCCAGUGCAUAUGGUUGCAGUGGCUGCUUAAAACACUGGUGAAAAGAGGUUUUUUUUUAACACCAAUAGUAGGUCAAUACUACAUCAAAAUGAGUGAAAUAAAUGAGGUCGGAGAGUAUGUUGAAGUUACCAGCGUCCUCCUUAAGCCGUCAUUAACAAAUCGCCAGCGGGCCCAGGCAAGAUGGAUAACAGUGGAACCGGUUAUUUCAUUUUCAAUAAUAGGUAUCAUAGUUUUGAGCCUGAUACGACCUCUUUACAUCAAAGACCGGAUUCGCGAGUCGCACAACGUCACCGACAUUGCCAAUGUCACCGAGUGCGGUGCCCCGAAUAGCACUGCUGACCCAUUGGACGCCCAGAUCCAGUCCGAGGUAUCGCUAUGGCUGCUGUAUCUAAGCGGUGCAUCAGGGAUACCAUCCAUCAUAACCACGCCUAUUUACGGGACUAUCAGCGAUAGAGUCGGCAGAAAAUUCUGCAUGGCUGUUCCCAUCGUCGGUCUUGUUCUACAGGAGGUUGUGUAUUGUCUCACCAUUUAUUUCAGCCUGCCUUUGGAGGUUUUCCUCGCAGGAGAAGUCUUACAGGGUGUGACGGGGGGAUUCGCACUGAUGUUCUCGGGAUGCAUGUCCUACUUAACUGACUGCACCACCGUCAAACAGAGGACAUUCCGAAUCGUAAUAGCCGAGAUGCUGACUUAUUUUCUGGCUGGGGUAGGGCAACUAGGUGAGGGGUAUAUCAUUAGUUACUACGGCUACCUACUCCCACUAUACAUCGCAUUUGGAGUCAAUAUCAUUCUGAUUCUGUACAUCACAAUUCCUCGAGUUUUGAUUGAGACGAUGGAAAAGGGAAGUCAAGCGGGCCGUAUGGGAUUCUUUGACAUAGGGAGGAGCAUCAAGAAACUAAUAGCAUUUAAUGAGAACGGCCGUAGGUGGCAGCUAUUGCUCCUUAAUUUCUCGAUCUUUACGAAUUUGGUGGCGGUAUUUGGACUUGCGUCGCUCCUCGUACUGUACGGCACUGCACAACCAUUCUGCUGGUCUCCAGCCACGGCUGGCUUUGCUUCUGCUUUGUCCUUGUUAAGUAUGUCCUUUGGCAUGUUGGUCGGCACAAAGCUCUUCUCGUUGUGUCUUGGCGAUUACUGGCUCAUACAGAUUGGCUGCCUAAGCAUGUUCUUAGCUCUGAUUGGUGUAGCCGUCGCUCAGUCUUCGCUGGUCAUCUUUAUAGGAAUUGGCGCUGGUUUAUUUCGGGGUAUCCCCAUUCCCGUUGCAAGGUCGGUCCUCUCUAAAAUCACAAACCCAGAUGAAACAGGGGCAAUGUUUGCAAUUGUCGCCUGCCUUGAGAGCAUAGCCACCCUCAUAUCCGUCCAGGUCGCAUCCGGUUUGUAUGCUGCAACUGUAUCUUUUCUACCACCGUUGACCUUCUAUGCCUAUGCUGGAUUCUGUUGCGUUCCUGCUGGUAUCACAAUAGCUCUGCAGAUCUUCUGGCCACGGAGGAACGAAUACACACCACUUGAACCCAUUGACAUGCUUUGAAGACCACACCCGUUGUUUUGUAAGGCAGGUUCUUCCAGCAUGUACCGGUAACAUUUAUUAAAAGAGCAAUAACUACAGCUGUAUUCUGAAUGUUUAAAUAGCUUGUUCAAAAAAGAACAGCAAUAAUAAUUCCAGCGGGCACCAGCACUGAAUACUAAUCCACUGCACUAAAUGUAACACCCAACUACUACUGACAUGUUCGCCAUUGUCGAAAAAAAAAAAACAGAUUUGAAAUUAAUACAAGGGCAUGUCAGACGUGCAACUUUGUAAAUUGCGAAUAGAAACAAAAAAGUUAAUGGCCAACCACACAAAACUUUAUAAAUUUCUCCCCCAAAUUGUUGAUGGUAUUGUUUUCAAAACAAGGGGCACUCAUCAGCUGAAAGGUUGCCCGUGUGGUAAUUCUAGAAGCUGAUUUUUUGCUUGCUUAUAAUGUAAGGUUGUUCAGCACCUCCGCCUCACUUAGGCAUAACAAACACACGUCAUGUUGGCGUAACAGGCCCCCCCCAAAAAAAAAAACA